AUGAGCCAACAAUAUUUUCCCAGCGAUUCGUCCGCUGGGGAAGGAUCGUCGAGCCAGAAUGGGAGACGCUCCCCACCAAUUUUGCCGCAUCAUGCGCCCGACUACAUGGUGGUAGGAUCUGGCACCACAUCGGAGAAUGCAACGUCUUUGAUUGCUUCGUUGAAUCAAGAUUCCGGAUAUGGAGGAAGCGUCGACGGAGAUACGUUUCAGGACUCUAGCAAAGCGUGGCACGCAGGGCUACUGGAGGAUAGACCAACGCCGGCGCAUACCCCGAUCCUACCUGGGCCUUCAAAUUUCGCUGGUUACCUGCUAAACAUUCUCAGCAAUGCGAAUCGGACCCAGCUCGGCCGUUAUAUAACACGCGCCAUGGAGCUCUUGAAAGAGCUCCGGGAGAUGAACCGCCAAUGGCCAGCCCAUUACCCUUCCGUGGUCCCUAGUGAAAUUCCACCGAAUAGACCAAAUUUUACGCCAGUGAAGUCCUAUAUCGAAAGCAACGAUCACCUCCCCGAACCCUCCUCCUCGAGACCAGACCCGUUGCGACGAGCGGCUACUUCGAUCGCGAAUGCUCCGGAUGCAGAAUCUAGCCAGUCAGCGGAAAGAAGACCCCCUCCGGAACCGAGGCUCAUUACGCCGCAAAUUGCCCGAGAGUUUUCAAUCCUCAAAUUGGAUCUCAAGCUGGGCACUUUAUCACAAGCGGAGUUGGUACAUUCCCUCGAAAAGGCCUCUAUUGCGAGCUUGCUAGACGGGAAAGUUAGCCAGAGCCUCAAGCACCUCCUUUCCUUACGAGACAGAAUAGACGAUACUUCUAGUAAGGUUUUGAUCACUGGUGAUCUCAAUGCAGGAAAAUCGACUUUCUGCAAUGCCUUAUUACGUCGCAAAAUCCUCCCCGAGGACCAACAGCCCUGCACCAGCAUUUUCUGCGAAGUCGUCGAUGCAAGAGAAAAUGGAGGUGUGGAGGAGGUCCAUGCAGUUCACAAGGAUAUGCAAUACAAUCGCAAUGAUGAAAGCACCUACGACGUUUACUCAUUAGCGGAUCUCGAGGAGCUUGUUGUUGACAACACGAAAUAUAUGCAGUGCAAAGUCUAUGUCAAGGACAUUCGGAGCAUUGAUGAGUCUUUGCUAAACAAUGGAGUCGUCGACAUCGCCCUUAUUGAUGCCCCGGGCCUAAAUUCUGACUCGGUGAAGACUACAGCUGUCUUCGCACGUCAAGAGGAAAUCGAUGUUGUCGUCUUUGUCGUUUCUGCUGCUAACCACUUCACACUGUCUGCCAGAGACUUCAUUGCAAACGCUGCUCAAGAAAAAGCCUAUAUUUUCAUUGUUGUCAAUGGAUUCGAUAACAUUCGGGAUAGAAAUCGUUGCCAACGGAUGAUUCUAAGUCAAGUGCAAAAGUUGAGUCCACGGACAUUCAAGGAAUCUGCCGAACUUGUACACUUCGUGUCCAGUAACGCAGUUCCCGUUGCACCAAGUGGAAGUGAUGUUGGAGGAGGUGGCGAUGGUGAUGACAGCGGAGACGGUGAUGAUGAUAAUCCCACCGGCAGCGGGGUGACUGGUGAGGUCGAGGAAGACAAAGGCAAGGGCAAAGAAAAAGAAAAGGAAAAAGAGAAGAUCCAAGAUUUUGAGAUUCUGGAGGGUGCCUUGCGCCGGUUUGUUCUCGAAAAACGUUCUCGGUCGAAACUUGCGCCUGCUCGAACAUAUCUCUUAAACAUUUUCAAUGACCUACACAAUCUGGCUUCUGUUAAUCGCGAUGUUGCGGCCUCAGAGCUUGAUCACGGUGCCUGCGACGAUGUCUACAAUCACACCCGUUCCACUCUUUCGACAGCGAUUUCCCACGUUGCGGAGAGCGAUUUGGGAGUGGACUAUCCCGGCCUUCUUGCCGUUUUUCAAUAUGCGGAGGAUAUCAAAGCAGCGAUGCUGGAUCAAAUAUCUGCGUGUGUCACUAGCUGUGAAGAUUACGCAAGGUCCAAAUCUGUUCAGGGCGUCAGUAUGAUCCAUAGCCUUGGACUCCUGCAUGUUGGAGAGGACAAAUUCCCUAGUCUGAACUUCCGUGCCGAAGUCAUGUUCCGACAACAGAAACAUUCCCUUGCUCGACAAGCGGAUGCUGAGAUUGAAAUAUGGGAUUUCGUUGAUAUCCCAGGUCUUUGGGAACGGCAGGAAAAGGUUGCCGGCACUAGCAUGGCCGUCACCGUUGUUGGUGUCCUUGGAGGACGGGCACUUGGCGGAUUCGGAUGGAUUGAUGGCAUUUUCGGAGCUGCUAGAAUCCUGGGACCAAAAACUCUCCGAAGAAUGGUGAUACCUAGCAUCCUUGGAGCAGCACUCUUAACUGCUGCUUACGUGGUAUCACAAAUUCCAAAGUCUCUGCCAUCUCGACUCUCACGCAAGAUAUCUGCGACACUUACAGAAGUCGAUUACGUCCACUCAAACGCAUCGCGCAUUUCGACUGAAGUUGGUCGUGUGCUCCGCAUGCCCGCAGCCAGGCUGCAAACUGCCCUCCAGAUUGCUGCAGAAGACCUUGCAAAACGCAAAGCUGAAGUCGGAAAGGUGAAGCAUGAGAGCGAAGUCGCUCGGAAGUAUUUUGCCAAUUUAUUCCGUGAGAGCGCCGAUAACAGACGAGCAGUUGAAACGAUUGACCUCGACGCAACCGUCCCGGGCGCUUAG